AUGAGCAAUAACGUCGGAAAAGUUCGAAGUAUAAGGCUAUGUGUUGAGCCUGUUGAGGUUGAAUUAGACGAAGACGACGGAAUCAAAUGGACAUCUCUACAGACGGCGUUCCCAGGUUGUUCGGGAAUGUAUUUCCGUGACCGCGAGAAAGAUUGUCGAUCGUCAGUUAAAUUCGAUGGAGAAAAAUUCAAGCCACCUGGAGGAGCGUGGAAUGAUCGUGAAUAUUUUGUACAUUUGAGUCAGCGUUGUCAUUCGUCGAAUAUGAGUUCUUACGAAUCAGCAACAAAAACAUUUGAAAAAAAUGUACAAGUUGUCCAGCAACUCAUUUCCGCUACAAUGGGUGGUUCACGCCGACGUGUAGCAUUAUCUCCAAAUAUGAGUAAACAUUCCGCAAGUUCCGCUUCCGUUUCUUCAGAUUUGACUGUAACAUCAUUAGAACAGGAACGUCCACUGCAAUCCAGCAUAGCAGUCAAGGAGAUGACCCCCUUAGAGCAACAAUUUGCAGAUUUGGCAAAAAUAUCGACUGGAAAAGAUAUUAUCAUCGAAAACUUACGAGAAGAAAUCAAAAAGCUCAAUGAAAAACUUGAAGAUAAUCAAAAGAACCUCCAAAAAUGUGAUACACAGCUCAAGGAAUCGGAAUCAAGAGUCGAAGCUUUCGAAACUGAGUUGAAUUUACUACGAAGCAUGGCUGAUGAUCAGCAAUCCAUGAAUAAUAGGGUCACAAGUUUGACUCUAGAUGUAGAGGAAAAAACCAAGGAAAUCGCUUCACUUCAAAACCUGUUAACGGAGGGAGAAGAAUCAUGGAAAAAGGAUCAACUAUCUCUUCAAGAAAAGAUAAACCUUCAAGCAGCAGAGUUAGAAGAGAAGUCUUUGGAACUUGCGGAAGUCUCUGAGAAUCUUGAGCUGGCCCUAUCGUCCAAGAGUGUUUUAUCUAAUGAGAUUGAACAACUUCGUCCUCUUGCCGAUGCUAUUCAACUUGAGGGAGAAGAUAACGUUCUGACAUACAUGCAAAUGAAAAUUGAACUGAAUUCAGCAAGAGAUCGAUUACAGAAACUAGAAACGGACAACUCUCAGCUCAAACAGUCGUUCGAAACGACUGCAGCAACUGAGAGAUCUUUGGUAAUUGACAACACUCGACUGAUGGAGAGAAACAGUAAAUUAGAAGACAGAAUGGCCAACGUAGACAGCGAUAUGAAGAAAAUAAACGAAGAAUGGAAAAGUACAAUUGAAUCAACCCGUAAAGAAUGGGGACGGACAAAACUGGAAGCUGAGAAAGAGGUUGACAGCAUGAAGCAGCAGAUAUCCAACUUGCAAAGAUUGCUGGAAGCUUCUACACGUGACGCUACCGAUAAUGCUCGAAGACUUGAGGAAUCCAAUAAAAAUGUCAGCAAACUGAGAAAGGAUCUAGAGAAUGCAGAACUCCGCCAACAGGAACCUCUUAAGAGACAAGUUGAAACACUAUCGUCUGACUUAAGUGGCGCUGAAGCUAGAAUCUUAGAAUUAGUUAGUCUAGUUUCAUCGUUAACAGCUGAUGCUCACAAUAGUCGUCGUGAUAUGGAUGAUUUGAUAUAG